CGGGUCAAUAAAGGGAGAACCCAAAUGACCGGCAACUAUCUCAUGGCUGAUGGUCCAGAUAGAUCGAUUGGGGCACGAUAUCUGUGAUAGGCGGCCGGCCCUUCGCUUCUAUUGCAUGUCCGUAUCUCCCAGACCAGGAAGCGACAGUGAUAAGACAGCAGCCGGUCUGAUACAAAAGCCUCCUCGCAGCUGGCACUUCUCGAGGGUAACGCAUUGGCUGAACAUCUAGGUACUUCUCGCUACAAUCAUGGAUUCAACGGAGAAGAAGGCAGAUUACGAGUCGACCGUCAACACUGACCUUGAGCGCUUGGCAUCGCAGCACCAGGGUCAAGUCCAAAAUGUGCACCUCGAAGGCCUCGUUCUCCAAAAUGAAGAUACACGAAACAUGAGCGGCUUGGAGACCAUCUCCGCAGGCUGGAUCAUCUGCAACAGUUGGGCAGGCAUUGCAGCGACUUUCGCACUUGCGAUAUCUCAAGGCGGGCCCGUAACCCUAAUCUACGGGCCCAUCAUUAUGUGUUUACUGGUCGGUGCUUGUGCAGUGUCACUCGCAGAGCUGGCGAGUGUUUACCCGACAGCUGGUGGGCAGUAUCAUUGGGUCUCGAUCUUGGCUCCUGAGAAAUGGAGUCGUGGGCUGAGCUAUUGGUGUGGAGCGACGAACGUUUUCUCUUGGAUCGCCAUCUGUGCAGGCAUUGCCAUUAUCAUCCCUCAGCUAUGUCUGGGGAUGGCUAUCUUUUGGAACCCGACAUAUGUCCCACAGACAUGGCAUGCGUUUCUGGUAUACCAGGCCGCCAACGUCCUCGUGUUAGUGUACAACAUAUACCUACUCCGACGGACAAUGUGGGUACACGACCUUGCUUUCUUUGUAUCAAUCGCUAGCUUCCUGGUCAUCGUAAUCACGUCUCUCGCUCGCACCGCACCGCAUUUUCAGCCGACGGAGUCCGUGUGGACAACCUUCCUCAAUGAGAGCGGCUGGUCUAAUGGCAUCGCUUUCCUUACGGGUCUCGUCUCGCCAAACUACAUGUACGCCGGAAUUGAUGGAGCUGUGCAUCUCGCAGAGGAAUGCAAGAACCCGGGGGUCGUCGUUCCUAGGGCCUUGAUGAGCACUGUCUCGAUCGGUUUCGUCACUUCUUUCAUCUUUGCCAUUAUCAUGAUGUACUGUACCAAUGAUAUAGAGGCUGUGGUGACAACUACCACUGGUGUACCUGUCUUCGAGAUCUGGCGUCAAGCAACUCGAUCAGAUGCUGUGGCAACCGUCUUCCUGGUACUACUUCUUCUGGCUGCUACGUUUGCUUUGAAUGCGACACAUCAGACAGCAUCCCGUCUAACGUGGUCCUUCGCACGUGACGACGCAUUGUUCGGCAGUCGCUGGCUGGGCAAGAUCAACGAGAGGCAGCAAGUUCCCAUCGCUGCACUGCUUUUCAACUUCGCUAUUAUGUUCAUCAUCGGCUGCAUUUAUCUCGGUUCAACAUCCGCGUUCAAUGCCUUCAUUGGCACAGGCCUGAUCUUGCAACAUGUCACUUACGCAUUUCCGGCGAUCCUGUUGAUGAUGCGAAAGCGAUCUACGAAGUGGCUGCCAGAGUCUCGUUCUUUCAAAGUCCCAUCACUUCUGGGUUGGGCAGCAAACCUAACCACUGUCGGAUUUGCAGUUCUGGUCCUCAUCUUCUACGACUUUCCGACUAUCAUACCGGUGACAGGCACAAGCAUGAACUAUGCAUCGGCGGUCAUUGGCGUAAUGGCCAUCUGCACGAUUGCGAAUUGGUUUGGACAUGCACGCAAACAUUUCCGAGGUCCGCGCUUGCAGGUAAUGUGGGAGUAGGAGAUUAGUAAGACCAGAGUGAUAAGUCGUUCAACCUGUUAUGAAGAGUUUACAUCGACUCUAAAAUGCUUACUCUUUCUGUUG